GGUUUUUUGGCCAUUUCAACAGAACCGACUCGUGAGCAUGAGUACCGAGGAGGCGAAGGGCCUCGUCGUCGCCAUCACGCACGUCGACUACACGCCUGCCGACCGGACGCAGUACGUCAUCCGCGUCACGGACCACCAGAUUCACGGCGUCGAGAUGACCGUGCGCCGGCCCUACCACGAGUUCCGCGAGCUCCGCGCUAAGAUCUUGGCCAUCAUGAAGCCGUUGGCGAUGGACUCGGCGAACGGCCGGUUCCUCGCCGCGAUCGAAGCGCUCUCGUUCCCGUCCAAGCGCCUCUUUGGCUCGCGCACCGAGUCGGUCGUCAAGACGCGCGCCGAGGCGCUCGACAAGUGGCUCACCAAGGUCUUGCUCUGCACGCACGAGUACCGAAAGGCGCAGAAGCGCAAGUCGACCCACGACUCGUCCUUCAACACGCAGGGCAGCGUGCUGGUGCUGGACGCGCUCAAGGAGUUUCUGACGACCGACAUUGAAGAGAUCAACCGCGUGCCCGUGCCGAUGGCGACAAGCGAUGAGCCCAAGGUCGUGCCAAUGCCCAAGCGGCACUCGAUGCCGAUGAUGACUCAGCGCGGUGGCAGCUCGAGCAUCAACGACGAGAACGAGCGCCACACGGACAACCUCCCGGGCUACGCGCCAACGCUCUCGCCGCGGUCCCAGUGGACCAAAGAAAAGUCCAACUCGGCCUCGUCCGUGGCCACGACGCGCCACGAGUCGUCGUCAUCACUCGCCUCCAACUCGUCGCUCUCGUCAUCGCUGCCGCCGCGUUCGAUUCUCAAGUCGAACGAGCGUCCCGUGUCGAGCCGGCAAACCCGCGCCAAAACGCGGUUCGAGGACGCGCCCGAGCCGACGCCAACCAAGUCGAGCAACCGUCCCCGCAGCAGCAACCGGUCGAGCUUGUCUCGGUCGCGGGACGUCAACUCGUCGUUUCUGAAAGAUGCGCGGUAUGCGUCAACAAAGCCGGUCGUCCUCAAGCGCGUCCCGUCCGGCAACGAAGCGCAGAUCGUCGGCAACGCCGAGACAGAGCUUCAGUCGCUUGGCCUCACGCGCGACUGCGCGCUCAUGCUCCUCCGGUACCUCGACAAGUUUCUAGCCAAGGCAAUGAUCCGCCAGCCGGGGUGCUACCGUAUCACGCCCGACAACUGGCUCGCGAUUGACGCGGAGCGGCUCUGCCUCGAGCUCGAAGAGGCGUUCUUUGAUCCGUCCGAGAUGACGCGUGUGCUCUUGGACGACGCGACGCACGAGUGGCGCAUUCCGCCCAAGCUCGAGGGCUACAUCCAGUUCAAGUGGACAAUGGACAACCACAAGAAAGCGUCCGAAGACUCGGACGACUCGGACGACUCGGAAGUCGAGAUCGUCUCGUUCCGGGGCAAGAAGAAGUCGCGCUUCUCCGAGCACGAGAUUGACGAGAUCGAGGCCAUGAUGAGCAACGGCAAUGCGAGCCGUGAGCAAAUGAAGCAGCUCCGUCGGCAGCUCCACGAAGAAAACUGGGAGCGCUACAGCCGCCCGGGCGAGAGCGCGGCGCGCGGCAAUGCCCUCUCGGACGACGACGCGUCGGACGACGAAGACGUGGUGACGAUCUCCAAAGCGCUGCCCGGGUCGGUCUCGGUCUCGGCGGCGGCCGCAGCGUUUGAAGACAGCGACAGCGACAGCGACAGUGGGCCGCAGCGUUUGAAGACAGCGACAGCGACAGCGACAUUGGUGAGAACGAAGAUUUUGAAAGCUUCAUCCAGCGCAAGAGCCAGAAGCUCACCGGCCGACUGCAAGGGCUCGUGUGAGCGUCGCGUCGACGUAUGUGGUGUUUGGCUCGUGAGUGAAGACGCACUUAUUUAUGUGUACUAGCAACCUCUUUCUCCUCUACUUUGUCUGCUCGUGGCUGUACCUAGCUUUAGCACAGAGCUGCACCAAGCUCACCGAGCAGACAAAACAGUGGCGAGGGUGCAUACAAAGGGAUCCUGCCAGUCGACGACGAACUCGGCUGCCCUCGACGUGCCACGCCGGCUGGUGCUCAAAGUGCAAGUUGGUCGUUAUGAGAUCACGUCACAUGGCUUGGCCGGGGCUCCAUGUGGUGAUGAUGCAGCAGGACUCUUCAGCAACCGACGGGUCUGGACAGCAACGUCUACGCCAAGCGCCACCUCGGUCCUGCCUGCAGGAUCGGAGCUAGAUGGGAAAGGAAUAAAUUAAUAUAUACACGGGUCGC